CGUCUCUGAGGAGGAGGCACGGGACUAGGGGGCCGACCGGCUGCCGGGCGAGGCGCUGAACCAUGACGGGCGCUGAUUAAGUUUCAAUGCAACAUCAUACAACUGCUGCACAGAGGACAGAAAACUUGCCUUGAUCUAUCAAGACUUUGCUUUUCUGAAGCACAUCUUUGGGUGCACAGUUGAAAGAAUUUGAACAAAGCUGAUAUUUCUUAGUUGUCCAUUUUGUUGCACUUACACUCUUAGAAACAAUGAACAGCUUCAGCAAUGAGGAGUUUGACUUCACCUUCCUUGAUGAAGGCUUUACUGCCAAGGAUAUUCUAGACCAAAAAAUAAAUGAAGUUUCUUCCUCUGAUGAUAAAGAUGCUUUCUAUGUUGCUGACCUUGGGGAUGUCCUAAAGAAGCAUUUCCGAUGGUACAAAGCACUCCCUCGAGUAACACCCUUUUAUGCCGUCAAAUGUAAUGACAGUAAAGCUAUAGUGAAGACACUUGCUGCCCUUGGUGCAGGGUUUGAUUGUGCUAGUAAGACUGAAAUCCAGUUGGUACAGAACAUUGGUGUACCUCCAGAGCGAAUAAUAUAUGCAAAUCCUUGCAAACAAAUCUCUCAAAUUAAACAUGCUGCCAACAAUGGUGUGCAGAUGAUGACUUUUGAUAGUGAAGUAGAGCUAAUGAAAGUUGCAAGAGCUCAUCCAAAGGCAAAGCUAGUCUUACGCAUCGCAACUGAUGACUCCAAAGCAGUUUGUCGCCUGAGUGUUAAAUUUGGAGCUACCCUCAAAACUAGCAGACUUCUUCUGGAGCGGGCAAAAGAACUUGACCUUGACAUUAUUGGAGUCAGUUUCCAUGUUGGAAGUGGCUGUACUGACCCAGAGACAUUUGUUCAAGCUAUUUCUGAUGCCCGUUGUGUCUUUGAUAUGGGAACAGAGCUUGGUUUCAGUAUGCAUCUGCUUGAUAUUGGUGGUGGCUUCCCUGGUUCUGAAGAUGUCAAGCUUAAAUUUGAAGAGAUCACAAAUGUAAUCAAUCCGGCAUUGGACAAAUACUUUCCUUGUGAUUCUGGAAUAAGAAUUAUUGCAGAGCCUGGCAGAUACUAUGUUGCAUCAGCUUUCACACUGGCCGUUAACAUAAUUGCAAAAAAAGUUGUAUUAAAGGAGCAGUCAGGUUCUGAUGAUGAGGAUGAUAUUAAUGGCAAAACUCUUAUGUACUAUGUGAAUGAUGGAGUGUAUGGAUCAUUCAAUUGCAUCCUAUAUGAUCAUGCACAUGUUAAGCCAGUCUUGCAAAAGAGACCUAAACCAGAUGAGGGCUGUUAUUCCUGUAGCAUUUGGGGACCAACAUGUGAUGGCCUGGAUCGUAUUGUUGAGCGCUUUGAUAUGCCAGAGUUGCAAGUUGGUGAUUGGAUGCUAUUUGAAAAUAUGGGUGCCUACACAGUUGCAGCGGCUUCCACUUUCAAUGGAUUCCAGCGGCCAGCAAUAAAUUAUGUGAUGUCAAGGCCAGCAUGGCAACUAAUGCAACAGAUUAAGGAGCAAGGUUUCCUAGCUGAAGAAGAGGAGCAGGAUGUCAGUACUUUGCCACUGUCUUGUGCCUGGGAAAGUGGAAUUGAACAUCAUCCAGCAACUUGUGCUUCAACUAGUAUUAAUGUAUAGAUAUUGUUUAAUUGCAAGUUUAUUAAUUGAAUCUCUAGGGCAUUUUGGGGACCAUUAACUUAAUUCUUGCUAGAAUUUUUAAAUGUUUUUGUUUUUUAAGUCUAGGGUCAGCAUAAAUGCAACAAAAUGGAUGACUAGGAGAUGGGGGUCACAUUAUCUGUGUUCCUAUGGAAACUAUUUGAAUAUUUUAUAUGGAUUUUUACUCACUUUCAAGUAUGCUACUAAAGAUUAACCCUUGACUGUCAGACAAGCAUUUGUAGCUUGUAUAUUGGCAGAAUGGGCUGAGCUUAGUGUUGUGACCUAACUGUUUUAAAAUAAAGUAUUGAAA